AUGCUCAAGCUCCAGAUCCCGUUCCUCGUCACGACAGCGUCCUCGGAAGACGAUGACCACCCGUCGAUCCACCUGCAGUCCUCGACGUCGCAAGGGUGGCAGUCCUCCAAGUUGUGCGAGUACCCGCAGGAGCUCGUGCUCAUGGUCAACCACGGCAACGCCGUCCGCGUGUCUAAGUGCCAACUGCUAAUGCACCAGACCAAGAUUCCGUCCCGCGUUGACGUUCACGUCAAGCCCCGGCUCAACGCCGCCUUUGUGCUCUUGGGGUAUGUGGGCCUCGACUCGAACGUCUCGACGCAGUACAACGCCCGCGAGCUCAAGACGAUCGCGAUCGACCGCGACGUCGCGUACCUCAAGCUCGUGCUGCACAGCUGCCACCGAAAUCGCAUCAACGUGUUUGACCAAGUCGGGCUCGUCUCGGUCAGCUUGUACGGCCACACCGCACUGGACCCGCAGAGCCCUCAGAAACGCAAGGCCAACAUGUCUCUCAACCCCGUGCAGCUACCAAGCUGUCGCAGUACCCCGCGCGACGACACGCACUACGACUGCUUUGCCGUAGCGCACCCGACGCAGCGCGCUGUCCGCGUCUCGCUGCGUCAAGUCCUCGAGCACCUCCGGCGGUCGCGCCAAAUGUGCGUCGACGCCCAAGACUAUGCGCUCGCCAAGACGCUCAAGGGCCAAGAAGAGAUGUGCCGAGCGUAUGCCCAGCAGCUUCAGCAACUGCAGAGCCAAAAAUGCGCGGUCGUCGCCAACGAAGACUUUGAGGCGGCGACGCUCCUCAAGCUCGAGAUGGACGCGGUGCUAAGCAACGUCGAGGGCCUCUUAGCGAUGGCGCUGAGCGCCGUGCCCGACACCCCGGCCCUCCCAAGCCCAAAACGGACAACGGCCAUGCCGGUGUUGGUGACCCGCCGCCCGGAAACGAGCGUCACGCGACCCCUCUCGGCCAUUGAAAAGACACAAGACGCCGAGCCACUGCCACCCGACUUUGGCACAGCGUCUGAGGCGAUUGCGUCAGUGUGCCCGCUGCGCGUGCUGGCAGAGGCCUGCAGCGCCCACGCCCACCUUCGCGACCGAGGUCUACCCCAGCUUGUGACGAUUUUUGAGCGUGUGCCCGCCGAUGCGCUGCCUGGCACGGUCUACCUUGCGUGGUUGAGCGUUGGCUGCAUCUCACCUCUGGAACACGUGAUGGCGGUGGCCACGCGGCUACUGGUGCUGCUUGUGGGUCGCCUUCGCGACGUCUCGGGCUUCUUGCAGUCGAUGCCAAACGUUCUCGCACGACUCCUGCAUCGUUUGGGCGACGGCUCAAGCACCAUUCGCAACUUUGCAGCCAGCGCUCUUCUCCAGUUGGCGCAACCGUCGCACGUCGAUGCGCCUGUCGUUGUGGCUGCUAUCAAAGACUAUGCUGAGCAGACUGAUACUGUCCACUGGCGCGUCCUUUACGGGCUCUUGCGGCUGUUGACGAUGCUGCUGGGGGACUUUCGUAGCGUCACAACCAACGACCUCACUGUACUCUUGCCGUUCUUCUGCCGCCACGGCGCCUUUGGCCAUACCGUGAUGCAAGUGGCUGAUGCCGCCGACCAGCUCAUUGUCACUGUGUACCACGAGCUAGGAAGCGCUAGUGUCGAGCCCUUCUUGGACGCCAACGAGUGCGCGCGCUACCAAGCGCUUCUGCUCGCCGAGUGGGGCCCCCGCGGUGACAAAGACUGCAGUAGCCAGAAGCAAGACGAAGCUGAAGUCGCUACUACCACACCGUGUUAGGAUAUUCUACACCCUUUCUUGUCGUU